AUGUUCGGUCCCAGGACCAAUGUGAGCGAUGUUCGGUCCUCUCGGUCCCUGCUUAGUCAGAGUGUUUCUGCCAUGCUUCCCCGCCUGGCCCAUGUCAUGGCCGUGACAGCACAGCAUCAUCAAACGCCUGAGAUGAAGGAGCGAGCUAGAAGCCUGGGAGAGGGUGUUUUGGAUUAUGAUGGUUGCGCCCAGCUUUGGGUCAGAACGUGGGACGAUUGGCUGGCCUUUUACAACAGCAAAGAAUAUGCUGCGGCGUUGAGUGAUGACUGUAAUAGGUUCAUGGCGCUACCAAUGACAUACAUGAUUGGUUACGAAAACCUCGUGGUAGGGGAUGCUUCCAAGUGGAUAGGCGGCAAGGAUGGCAUGGAUGUUGAGAAGCUCAAGUAG